AUGGAUCAUAACGAUUCCGAUCCAUUCGAAGGCCCGUUUGAUAUCCCCGAACCCGACUCAGGAUCAGCCUAUGAGAAUUCUGACAGCGAUUUUGGGCAACGGUCACAUGAUAAAGGAGCGCUUGCAGGCGAUUCUCGAUAUGAGGGAAGAGAAAAUGAAGAUAACAUACCUUCGGAAGGAGAAAGUGAUUCUUAUUCGACUUCUCUAGCAAAUCCAAAUCCAGAUAAUCAAUAUACGGAUGAAUGGAUAAGUGCAAAUGCCCUCAAAUGGGCAGCUACUUUUGUACCUCCCGAAGUGGAAGACAUUCCCAUACCAACCAGAAGAGCCUACCGUGUUAGAAGCAAAAAACGAAAGUUAGAGCGACCAAAUGGGAAUUCGGCGAGAGCAAAACGUGUCAAAGAAUUUUACAGCAAAGAUUAUCGCCAUCUGCUGAACAUUGAGAUUUUUGACGCAGGGGCGAGGUCAAUUCACGAAGACAAAAUUCCUUUGAAAGGCAGUCAGAUUAGUUGUUCGAUGUGGUCUCCUGAGGAAAAAGACUUGUUCUUUACCGGAUUGUCAAGAUUGGGAAGAGAUAAUGUAAGAGCUAUUGCUGCACGUAUUGGGACCAAAUCGGAGGUUGAGGUGCAGGAUUAUAUGCAAAUACUGCAGCAAGCAUUGAAGGAGAAGAAAAUAAACGAUGCGCGACUGCUGGAUGUCACAGAAUUUCCUGCUGCGGUCGAAUUUACUCCAGAAUGUUGUGAUAUUAUGGAGCGAGCGGCGGAUGGCCUUGCUUCACGACAGGAGCGACAUGAGGAGGAUAUUGAGGAGGCUAAAUGGGGUGAAUAUUGGCUUCUUACGGAAGAAUUGAGUAAGUCGCUGGAACAGAAACGGAACGCGAGCAAGAUCGAAGGCGACGAGAACACGCAGGCUUUGCUACCAGCAGUCAGACUUCUAAACCUCAAAAACUGGCUUGACCUAUCAGAGACAGUGUUUAUGAACGCGUCCGAGCCCAGAUGGGAGGAUAAUUGGAGGCAAAUAGGAGAACGUGGAGAAACCCCCGCUAUCCGCGCAACCGCUUUUGACGAUUUUUAUUCGUUAACAGUCAGUAUCACGAAACGUCUCAUCUCAACCGUUCUUUUCUGCACCAUGUCAAGAAUGCGAGCUAUGGAUUCGAAUAAAACUAAAGCCGCAGAUAUCAACGUCAAUGACGUAGAAGCUGCGACUGAAAUUCUAAAAAUGGACUCUAAUAGCAACGAAUUCUGGAUAAAAUGCGCCAGAAGAAAUCAUCUCUCUAUUUUUCGCCACGAUGAACCGAGCUUCCCAAUAAUGACUUACCCAGAGGUCGAGAAAGAACUACGUGAAAAGUACAACGAAAGGAGCAGAUCUUGUUCCCGCAGUCGUCCGCACGUAGACCAUUCAGAGAAUAUAUCAGAAGUAUAUACAUCCUCCUCCGAUUCUCACCUCGACUCCGAUACCGACGCCUCUGAAGAAUACAAUAGCCCCGAUGAAUUCAGCGAUAAUCCUUUUACGCAACAAUCUCCAUCCCAACCGCAACCGCAAUCCCAGUCACAAUCCCAACGCAAACCGCACCUCUCACCCGAAGCCUACGAGCACGCACUCGAAACACAUAUCUCCGCCUUCGACGCACAAGCCAGCAAAGUCGAAGAACAGCGCAUCUGGAAAUUACUGGGACAAGAUUCACCCAUGGACAUCAAGGCCGAGGAAGACGAAGAAUUGCCUAAGAAACCUGCUAAGAAAAUGGAGGGAGAGGAAGAAUAUAAUGGGGAGGAAUGGAGAGCGAGGGAAUUUUGGAGUGAAUGGGAGGUGAUGGGUGUGGUUGGCGAUGAGGAGUUUGUGAGGAAUAGGAAGAAGGGUGGGAGGAAAGAACGGAGUGGGAGGUCGGGGAAGAGUCGAGAAGGAAAGGGAAUGGCGACGAGAACGAGAUUGGGUGGGAGGAGUGAAGAGUAUGUUAUUGAGAGUGGCAGUGAUGAGGAGAGAGGGGACGAAACGACGUCAAAGGACGUGGACAUCGAUAUUGCUAGAGUUAGUAACGGCCACCACGACGAAAGUGGUGAAUUAGAAGACGCUACCAAGCAUAGAUCUUAUGCUGUCUAUAACAGCGAUGAUUAG